AUGAGAUUCCUUUGUUUACAUGGCAAGGGGACCAACUCCGACAUCUUUGAGGCACAGCUAGCAUCGUUGCGCAGCCGAAUCUCCCCAGGUCACACCUUCGACUUUGUAGAUGCCGAAGCCGACUGUCCGCCAGCACCCGGCGUAGACGGCUUCUAUCCCGGCCCCUACAUCGGUUGGUUCCCAUCAUACGAGCCCCCAUCAGUGAAGAAAGUCCAAGAGAGUUUGAAGGAGAUCAUCGAGGAGGAUGGGCCAUACGACGGGGUGAUAGCGUUCUCCGAGGGCGCAGCACUGGCAGCGAGUCUCUUGCUGUGCGACGAACACUCUCAAAGAGAACCCACCUUCAAGGUGGGGAUCUUUUUCAACAGUGUGAUGGUGUUUUCGCCCUCCGAGGAGCUUGGGGUGAACAUCAGCCAGAAGAUCAAAGACCAGGAAACCAAAUUCGCAGGGUAUCUGCACGGCAUGCGCAGCGACGCCAGUAACCCUGACCGGGUUCCUGAUAUCUACGCCUUCACUACAGAGUUCCCCACCCGCAUUUCCGUGCCGACUCUACAUGUCAUCGGGUCGGAGGAUGUGUUUUCCGAGGCCUCGCGGGAAUUGACACGGCUGUGUCCCGAUAAGGCGGAGGUGUUGAUCCACGAUGGUGGGCACGAGUUGCCGCGUGCCGAGGCCUCACUGGAUCGCUGCAGUGAGCUGUUCGAGACGGUUGUGACCCUAGCCUCGAUCGGUGGAGCAUGA